UCAACGUGGCAAAACAAACUCCAGAGAGAGGAAUGAAGCCUCUCUUCGGGACUUAAAACAGCUCCCGUGGUUCAAAAUGAAGAUAAAUGCUGAAACCCCGUCGCAAAUUUAUUACUAUAAUGGUAUUUUAUGUCCUGGCAUUCAGUAAAACGUGUUAAAUACGUCAAUUUCUUUGAUUAGUGUCUAAGAUCUGUCUUCAGAGGACAGUGACGUUGGAGGAAAUCUGAUUCAUUAUAAAUCAUAAAAAGAUGACGUCAGCAAAGCCCCCGUUACCUGCAGACGGCCAGCAGGAUGAGGUUGAACUGCGAUUGGGGCUCGAGCCAGAAGUCCCGUUGGAAACAGCCCGGGACGGUUGGGACAGUAAAGUAGAGUAUUUCCUUGCUCAAGUCGGAUUCAGUGUGGGAUUGGGAAACGUUUGGAGGUUUCCGUAUCUCUGCCACCAGAACGGAGGCGGAGCAUUUAUUUUGCUGUACGUGGUGUUGAUGGCGCUGGUCGGUGUGCCGCUGUUUUUUCUGGAGCUUGCGGCUGGUCAGAGCAUCAGACAGGGCAGCAUUGGUGUCUGGAGGCACAUUUCUCCAAAACUUGUUGGCAUUGGCUACUCCAGCUGUGUGGUGUGUUUCUUUGUUGCUCUGUAUUAUAACGUCAUCAUCGGCUGGAGUAUUUUUUAUUUGGGGAACUCUUUCCAGUAUCCUCUGCCAUGGGAAAAAUGUCCAACAGAAGGGAACAGCACAGUGAAGGAAUGUGCUGCCAGCUCUCCUACAGCAUAUUUCUGGUACCGUAAAGCUCUGGAUAUCACCGAUUCCAUUGACGAAACGGGAGAGUUCAAUUUCAUACUCACUGGAUGUCUGCUGGCCGCUUGGGUCAUAGUGUGUCUGGCUAUGUACAAGGGCAUCAAGUCUUCCGGAAAGGUGAUGUAUUUCUCCUCCGUGUUUCCAUACGUGGUUCUGCUGUGCUUUCUGAUCAGAGGCGUGACGCUGGAUGGAGCAUCAGAGGGCAUUAAAUUCAUGUUUUACCCCAGACUGGAGAUCUGGGCUGAUGUUCAGGUGUGGCGUCAGGCGGCGACGCAGGUCUUUUUCGCUCUGGGUUUGGGUUUUGGUUCUGUGAUUGCGUACUCUUCCUAUAACCCACGAAACAACAACUGCCAUCGAGACGCGUUCACUGUGUCUGGAGUCAACUUCAUGACGUCUGUUUUGGCCACGCUGGUGGUGUUUGCUGUGCUGGGCUUCAGGGCCAAAACCAUCGCCACAGAGUGUGUCAAGCGUAAUCUGAAGGCCCUGCUUAAGGUGACGUCCAGCGCUCCUCUACCUGUCCUUUCCAUCAAUGCUUCAGAUGUAGAGAGCAUCUCAUUGGACGAGUAUGCAAACUGGUACUCGACUCAAGGGAUGGAGCUCAGUAUCUCUGACUACAACAUCACAGCCUGCAGCCUGGAGGAUGAACUCAGACAGGGUGUUGAGGGAACAGGUUUAGCUUUUAUAGCAUUCACAGAAGCCAUGACACUGUUUCCCGGCAGUCCGUUCUGGUCGGCGCUGUUCUUCCUCAUGCUGCUCAAUCUGGGCCUGUCCACCAUGUUCGGCACCAUGGCCGGAAUCCUGACCCCGCUGACGGACACCUUCAAGACCCUGCGCAACCACAAGCUCAUCUUUACAAUCUGCAGCUGUACAGUGGGCUUUCUGAUCGGUCUGGUGUUCACUCAGCGCUGUGGAAACUACUUUGUGACGAUGUUUGAUGAUUAUUCUGCCACUCUUCCUCUGAUCAUCGUUGUCAUCUUUCAGACCAUCAGUGUUUCAUGGGUUUAUGGAGCAGACAGGUUUUUGGAGGACCUGAAACAGAUGCUGAAUCGGCCGAUCCCCGUUAUAUACAAGUACUUGUGGAAAUUUGUGUGUCCAAUUGCUAUGCUGGGACUUUUGGGGGCCAGUCUGCUAAAGAUGAUAUUGAAGCGUCCCGAAUACUCUGCGUGGAAUAGAGAGAAGGCAUCCAAAGAAGAUCUUCCAUAUCCUGAUUGGGCUCUUGCUGUUCUGAUCAUACUGAUCAUAAUUGCAUCACUUCCUGUUCCUAUCGGAUACAUUCAUUCCCUGCUCCUGGAGCGGCUCGGCCAAUCACCAGCAGACACAGAGGCCAGAUACACGCCAUGUGCCACCACAGACGCAGAUCUGACGCCUCUCAGCACAUUACCACCAUCGCGGGACGAUCUCAAUUCAUCCCACCCUUUACUCGAGGGAAAUCAUAACUCGCAUCUGCAAAACGGUCAUAUUGAAAGUGUGGAGUCGAGCGUUUUAUGAGAGCAUAGAGUUUACAGACAUCAGCCAUGGUUCUGUUCAAAUGGGGACGUUUUUAUUCACGUGCUUUUCCAUUGACAACAAUCAUUUGAUCUGUUCGUAUGAACACGUGAGGAUAUAUAAAGACUUCAUUUAUUGCCAGAAGAAAACUCAUUGACUCACAUUCACUUUCCUCACACGCUGAAAUCUUUGAGGAGUCUGUGUGUUUCUCUUUCAAUCAGAUUAUUAGGGCUGCGUUAUAUAUCGUUUCAGCAUCGAUAUCUCAACGUGCACCUCUGCAAUCGUCACAUCAGAGGAUCUACAAAAUCAACUUUGUAUUUUAACCCAUCACAGGAUGAUUAAUUCAUUCGACCCUUUACUUGAGGGAAAUCUCACAACUACAAAACGAUCAUGUUAAGUGUUUUAUGAGAGCACGACUGUCAGCAGAGUUUACAGACAUCAGCGAUGGAUCUGUUUAAAUAGGGCCCUUUUUUAUUCACGUGCUUUGUUGUUGACAACAAUAAUUUUUAUUUGUUCGUAUGAACAUAAGUAUAUAUAAAAAAAGACUUUAAUUUAUGGCCUAAAGAAAACAGUCAUUGAUUCCUUUGUUCCUUACACGCUGAACUCUUGGAGAAGUCUUUAUUUGAUUCUCAUAAUCUGAUUAUUAGGGCCACAUUAUCGUUUUUGCAUCAAUAUGCAAUGUGCACCUCUGCAAUCGUCACAUCAGAGGAUCUGCAAAGUCAACUUAGGAUUUGAAUCCAUCACAGGACGACUAAUUCUUUCGACACUUGAGGGAAAUCUCGCAGCUACAAAACGAUCAUGUUAAGUGUUUUAUGAGAGCACGACUGUCAGCAGAGUUUACAGACAUCAGCGAUGAAUCUGUUUAAAUAGGGCCCUUUUUUAUUCACGUGCUUUGUUGUUGACAACAAUAAUUUUUAUUUGUUCGUAUGAACAGAAGUAUAUAUAAAAAAAGACUUUAAUUUAUGGCCUAAAGAAAACAGUCAUUGACUCCUUUAUGUUCCUUACACGCUGAACUCUUGGAGAAGUCUUUAUUUGAUUCUCAUAAUCUGAUUAUUAGGGCCACAUUAUCGUUUUUGCAUCGAUAUGCAAUGUGCACCUCUGCAAUCGUCACAUCAGAGGAUCUGCAAAGUCCACUUAGGAUUUGAAUCCAUCACAGGACGAAGUAGGGUCUUUCGACCCUUACUUGAGGGAAAUCUCGCAACUACAAAACGAUCAUGUUAAGUGUUUUAUGAGAGCACGACUUCCAGCAGAGUUUACAGACAUCAGCGAUGGAUCUGUUUAAAUGGGACCUUUUUUAUUCACGUGCUUUGCCGUUGACCACAAUAAUUUUUAUCCGUUUGUUUGAAUGUGUGAGUAUAUAUUAAAAAAAAGACAUAAUUUAUGGCCAAACGAAUAUUGUCAUUAGCCCCUUUUACACAGUGAUAAUGAUAAUUAUCUGGAAAAUGUCUGGAACGAAUUCACCGGUAAAUUCAUGAAAGCGCUGUUCACACAGGCAAGGACUUUAUGGAAUUUUUCCGAAAGAGCAUUCACACAUCCAUUCCAAAAUUCCGGUAAAUUCUGACAUCAUUAACCAAAAAUGAGCUCUAAACAGCUACGCUUGUAUUUGAAAACAUUUGACCACAUUUCAAACUCUGUGAAUGGAUCAGUAUGGUGAACAACUUUGAUGAAAUCAUAUGGAAGACUUUCUCAUGUCGAGAUGUUCAUAAUAUGUGUGUGCGCUGGCGCCUACCGGCUGCUUUACGUGCAAACGCAUCAGAGCUUGAAGGUAAACAAACAUUGGUUUAUCAUAAGCAUUUUAUCCAUACAUUUUAACCGAGUUGGCAUUAAGAAGGAACAAAAACAUUAUCUGACCAACAUCUAGCAGCUAAAUGUGAGUGGAAAAAUAAUCACUGGCUUUUAUUCUUACAAACCGGGUGGACGUGAAUGUGUCUGAAUGUUCUUAUUAGUUAAAGUGGACGUCUUGCGUCAGCAUGUUCUAGAUGUGAACGCGCUCUUUCCGGCAAUCUUCCUUUUGCGUUCACACAGCGCAGCAUUCCUGCAUAUUACCGAUAAUGUUACAACUUCUCUUUCCCGAAAAUAGCCAGAAUGAAUUUACCAGUAUCUUCAAAUAGGGCCUGUUCACACAUACAGACCUUUACAGAAAAUUGCCCGUAAUUAUUCAUUGAGUAUGUUUACAUGGACAUCAAUACUCCGGUUUUAGUACGAUUAAGACAAUACUCUGAUUAAGAGUCUAGCAUGUAAACAGAGAAUUUUGAUUACGUUAAUCUAACUAAAGUCGUAAUCGUAUUAAACACAAAUGGAAUUAAGAUGUGUGGUAUCCCUUUAUUGAAGUGCAGUGCAGACAUGUAAACACUGCAAUCAAACUAUUACCGUCAAGUAGGACUUUUGCUGUGUUUUUUUGACAGGAUAAUCCACACAGGCACACACACACACAGCUGUUUGACACUAUUUUCUACUCUAACCGAGUCCGUAAAGGACCACAGAUGCACACAUCGUGAAAUGUGUGGCAUGCGUUAUCAAAUCCCAUUAAAACAACACUCUUCCACCAGUCUUUACUCCGUACUCGCAUCCAAUACAUCCAAUGAAAUGUUCCUGAAUAGAAGUUAAACUCCUGAACUGCAGUUAAAGUCGAAAAAUUAAAAAUGAAAUGCUUGAAAUUACAUGAAACUCCGGAUGAAAUGUUGGGUAGUGCGGUGACGCAACAACAUUAAUCGAUCUGUGCUAUUGACCUUAUUCUAAAAGGCGGGAGUGUGAUUGUUUUCAGAACUUCCGAUUCAGUCGCCUAUGGGACAAAUGACUAUGAAUAAUAAACGGCAGAAAAUGGUCAAACUACUUGCUCUACAAACAAAUGUUUGCAUGACUAUAUAGACCAAGUAGAAUAAUAUAAUAAGGAAAUAUCAGUUUGCAACAUCAAACAGUGAAACGAGCAGUUUAUGAUGUCUAAAAAUGAAUGGAAGUGAUUGAGACCGGACGUCUCGAGCCAAACAGAUUCAAAUGGCUGCGUCCGCUCGUCAGCGAAGAAUAAGGUGAAUGACAUGUAAAAGAGAUCAUGAAAGGAAAAUUCAAAAAGCAACUUAUGUAAACACCUUAAUCAUGUUAUUGGCUUAUGCAGAUUAAGGCAGGUAGUUCAAUUACUGAUGUCCAUGUAAAAGCGGCACAGUGGCUCUGUGAUUAGCCCUGGCCUCACAGCAAGAAGGUCACUGGUUUGAGUCCCGGCUGGGCCAGUAGGCAUUUCUGUGUGGAGUUUGCAUGUUCUCCUCGUGUUGGCGUGGGUUUCUUAGCCGUAGAAUGUGUAAGUGUAUGGGUGUUUCCCAGCUGAUAAAGGACAUCCGCUGCCUAAAAACAUAUUCCAAAAUAGUUGGUGGUUCAUUCCGCUGUGGUGACCCCUGAUAAAUAAGGGACUAGCCCGGAGGAAAAUGAAUGAAUGUCCAUUUAAAUGUAGUCAUUGACUUGAGUUUUCUGAAGCCAUUUGAUAUCUUCUGGAUAAAUCCUGCUUUCAUGUUUAUGCCACGACAGACCAAGCCAAUGCCAAACAACGAAACCCAACUGUGUUGCCAAGUGUGUCCUGGAAUUUACCUGUUAAAAAUGCUGCAGAAAUGUCACUUGAAUUGGGUUUGUUAAUGGUACUGCAGAGUCAUAUUUGUGUUUGAUGGGUCCAGGUGAACAUUGAACUACACCGUAACACUAUUGUUACCUCUUACAGUGGUUGAAUCAUCUGAUAACUGACAGUCCUGCUGGUUUACUGAGCUGAUGAGUUUUCAUCAGAGAUCCGUCAGUGUUUUUUUAACUAUGGUAUAAAAGAGCAGCAAGUGCUUAAUCUACUUUAAACAUAAUGCUUUUGGAAAUAUGAGAUCUGCUUUAAAUAAUCAUUCCCAAUUAUUUAUUUUAGUUGUCUGUUUUAAAGUUGCUUGAUGCACUUUUGUUGUGAUAAAAAAAACAUGCAAUGACGCAUCAGGGCAGUCAAGUGUUGUGUGCUUUUAUAAAUGGGUUUUUUUAAUUAGUAAACAUCACUGCCAUCAUAAAGCUGGAAAAAAAUCACAAUAUUUUUUAUAAGUUUGAUUGUGUUGUUCUUCUGUAAGAGUAAAGUCGUGCACAAUGCGGAUCAAGUGAAUAAAUUAUUGGAUAGUUUGGAUGAUUUUGGAGAACUGCUGUCUAUAAAUAAUCACCCUUAAGGGAUCGUUCACACAAAUGUAAGUUUUGCCAUUUAUUAAUUCUUCUAAAUCUAUUUGAGUUUCUUUUUUGGUUGAACACAAAAAGAUAUUUUGAAGAAUGUUGUAAACCGGUAACCGUUGACUUCCAUAGUAUGUAAUUUAAUUCCUACGAUCCUAAAAUAGACGUCAUUGUUCAUGCAGAACUAAAAUAUAACAUAGAUACACUUUUUUGUGUGGUUAAUAAAACUUUUUAUAAUGUUUUAAGUCAUUUAAAUUUGCAUAAUGUAAAGAUUUUUACCACAAGUUAUUGUUAGUGUAAAAAUGAUUUUUGUAAGUUUUGAUAUGUUUCCAGCUGCAGUUUGUAUUUGACACAUACAAUAUUGAUUCAUGAAGUAUUUUCACAAACUUCUAAUCUUUUGAUAUUGCAUUGUAUCUUUCAUCUGUAAUUCUUCAUUUUUCAUCACAGACAUCUUUCUGAAAGCGAGCUUCUGACCCUGUCGGCCAGACUUUUUAUGGCUUAUAGUCAUAGUACAGUAAUGUUAGUUUUGCCUCUCACAGGGGUUUGAUGGGUCUUUGCGUUUGUUCAGUAGCUUGAACUCUUUUUGUAAGUAGUUUGUUGUAGUCACUAAUAUAUAAUAAUGAUGAGAUGUAAUUUAACUCAUGUAGAACGCUUCACAAUCUGUGAUCUUAAAGGGUAAUUAUUUAAUUCUCUGCUGUUUGUUGUAAAUAUCUCAAAUAUAGUGUUUGUGUAUUUCCUGCUGCUUUUGCUUUGACAAAAUUAGAGAUGUAACUUUAAAGGAACACUCCAUUUAAUUAUUGUUUUGGAAAUAGGAACUAUGACUUUAGCAGAAGCAAUAAUAUGCAAAUUCCUUGAUUAUUACCCUACUGAAAAAAA